CCCCGGAGCACUGGGAAAGUUUCUGCUUACUAAUGGGAUUCCAGACCAACAAUCCAUGGAGAAGGGAAUGCUAUGAGACGGACAUGACCCCCCCAUCCAUGUAGUAGGAAGGUGGACCCCGAUCAUCCUGCUGAGCUGUUUCCGUUCAGUCACAUGACCGGCCUGAGCUCGGGGUGAGCACAGCGCUGUGUGUGAAGGAGAUCCGCUCCCUAAUGGUGGACUGAAUACCGGGGACACCGAAUACCGGGGACACCACACCGGGGACACCGAAUACCGGGGACACCACACCGGGGACACCGAAUACCGGGGACACCACACCGGGGACAGCGCUCUCAUUCAUCAUGUCUGAAGGAGGAGUGAAAGCCGGGAAGAGCAGAGCGGAGGAGGUGGAGGAGGAGAAUCUUCUCCUGGCUGCCGCAUAUGUUUAUGAUGCUCAGUACAACAGAAACAUUCCUUUUGAAACAUCACCUCAGUCAAUAAGACUUUACUAUUUCUAUAACCACUGGGCUAUGCAGCUGGCAACCUAUGUCUGUAUAACCGUUGACUUGGCUCUGGCAGUCUUUGAAGAACCUGCUGUAUAUCCACUUCCAUUCCUGGCUACUUCCAUUGUCGAAGUUUUCUGCCUAAUGGCUUUCUUUGCACGCCUUGUACAUUUUAGUAAAGUCACUCCUCGCAAUGUGUUCUGGAAAGACACCAAGAAUAUCUGUGUAAUUGUCACAAUACUGCUUAAUUUAAUCGAUCUUAUUAUCUAUGGAUGUUUGAGUAUAGCUCACAUUCACAGCAUUCGAUGGUCAAGAGUGCUACGUCCCAUUUACUUGGUUAACUUUGCUGAAAGUCGGCAGAUUCGUCGAGCAUUCCGCAGCAUUAGAAACACUUUACCUGAGAUCCUCUAUGUCUUCCUUCUCUUUAUGUUCAGUGUCCUCAUUUUUUCUCUCAUGGCUUUGAAACUUUUUGCAAACAGAAAACUCAAGACAGCUGAUGGAGAAGCUUACUUUGAAAACUACCUCGAAGCUGUAUUUAGUCUUUAUGUGCUGGUAACUACUGCUAAUAGCCCUGAUGUCAUGAUGCCAGCUUAUGACUACAACUGGUGGUAUUCCAUUUUCUUCAUUGCCUACAUCAUUUUGAACACUUACAUCUUCAUGUCAGUCUUCUUGGCUGUUGUGUACAACAAUUACAGGAAGCACUUAAAGAAUGAAAUCCGUAAGCUAGCUUACAUGAAGCGUCGUAAGAUGGCCGAGGCAUUUAAUGCACUCAAAGUGAAAGAAGAUUCAGAUUUUGUUAUAACCGAGGCCACAUGGAACAAACUGGUGAAGUUGGUGGCACCAGAUAUCAGUAACUCUCACAGAGAACUGCUGCUAAGAGUGUCUAAAGAAGAAAACCAAAGAUGUGUGGGGAAGAAAGCCUUUAUCCGUUUAGCUGACUUGUUAAACAUUAAAGUUAUCACUGUGAAGGCUCGAAAACAUCCAAUUGAAUGCUGGCUGCCUCAUUUGUACAGAAGUGCAGCAAGUCGCUUUAUACGCUGGGUCGUCCAUCAUAAGGGGUUUGUUUAUGCUUUUGAUGUGAUCAUUCUAAUCAAUGCCAUUUUUAUUGCCCUGGAUGACCGAAACCCACUAAUAUCCCAUGCAGAGUGGGGGUUCCUCUCUCUCUACGUUAUAGAAAUUCUCCUGAAACUCUACACAUAUGAUCCUAGGACUUUCUUUGGCAAGAAUCAGUUUUGGAACUGGUUUGACACCUUUAUCAUCAUUGCUGCCCUUAUUGCCACCAUAGUCAACUCGGGACUGAAAUCAGGGAGUCCGUACAACAGCCAGCAGAUCCUAGACAUUGUCUUCAUUCUCCGGGUUCUCCGACUCAUCAGGAUCAUUGACAGUAUUCAAAGGUUUCGAGUCAUCAUGAAUACACUGAUCAACAUCCUACCCUCCAUGCUGACAUUUUGCGGUAUUAUUUUCGUUAUAUAUUAUGUGUUUGCCAUUAUUGGAAUGGAAGUCUUCAAGGACAAAAUUCGUUUCUUUCCUGAAAAUUCCACAGACCCUUCUGCACUGGAGUGUGGAGCCAUCGUCUUGAGGGACUCUGCAUUUGCUAAAAGCAAGUACUGCAAAAAUAACUUCAAUAACAUAGGAUACGCGUUCAUUGUAUUAGUGGAGCUGACGGUCGUCAACCAGUGGCAUAUUAUCGCCACUGGGUUUUCUCUGGUAACCCACCCAGCAGCUAAAAUGUAUUUUAUUCUAUUCCAUGUGGUGGUUGUCAUCAUGAUAAUCAACAUAUUCGUGGCAUUUAUUUUGGAAGCUUUUUUUGUGGAGUAUUCGUUGGAAAGGAGUGAAGUUGAAACUACUAUUGAGACCAAGAUUCAGGAGCUGGGUAUGGCUGUGAAAGAGGAAGAUCAUCUUUCUGGAAACUUAACAGACAACAUGGAAGACUGUGAAAAUGAUACUGGAGCAUUCGGAGAGAGAGAGCAAAAAGGACUGAUGUUUCGAAUAGCUUCAAAACGGUACAGAACAGUGGAUGCCCUGUUGCUGCGAAUGUUUGAAGCUGAAAUACCUCCAGAAGAUGAAGGUCCCCCAAUGGAGGAUAUUUUAAAUCUGUCUCCUAGCGAUUACUACAUUGAAAAUCCAACAUUUAAUUCUGCAUCCUAGUGUUACCAUAUCAUCUCUGAAAUUUUGACUUGAAUCAAGUGGACCAAAGGUUUAUGUGGGUAAAUAUAGACACCACAAUGCUUAUCUGAUAGAAAUAUUUAUUUUUACAGAGAAACAUUUUUAUUAUAACUAUAGUAAGAAAAUCAUGUAUGGAAAACGCCAAAGUAAAAGCUACCUGUUUCCAAUUUUAUAAAAAUAUAAAUGGUCUUUUUGUACAAAGCAUAGAAUCAUUGUAAAAUCAUUGUGAAUCAUUGUAAAACAGUCAAGGGCUUUCCUUAUAAAUAUGUAUUCACACUGCACUUCUGUCUGCCUUGUGCAGGCACUAAAGCUAGCUACAGAAAAAUAUUUUUGUAGAAAUCAAAUAACUAUUCCAUAUCUGUGUUCUGAUUUAACACUGGUUCUGCUCACAAAAUGCACUGUGGACAGUAUAUUUACACGUACUUUGCAAUCUAUGUAAUUAUUGCCGUUCCAUAUUGGAGAUACCCCCAGCACAAGGAUUUGGUAAUUUGUCGCUAAACCUUUUGUAAACACUUUUUUCCACUGGCACAGCCUUGAAUGCACCAAUUCACUAAAAAUAAGAGAUUACUUUUUUUUUUUUAUUUUUUUUAUGGAUAUGUUUAUAUGUUGUCUAAUGUAUGUGACUUUGACUGUUAUCACACAAAUUCACUUGUCUGCACUGAGAACAAUCUGCAAAAAAAUGUGUAUUCUUAAUUUACAAUCUUUCAUAUACGGUAGAGGAUACAAUAAUGACCAACAUUGUUUGUGACUAGACCGGUGUUGGUUUAGAUCCUAUUACUUCCAUAAAAGAAUUAGCUUGUUUUAGGAUCUUCAAGGAUACAGUCCAGAGGAAAGGAAGAUGGAGGUGUUAUCCACAGCAUCCAGCCACACUCUACUUUUUUUUUUUUUUUUGCAUUUUUUAUGAAAUCUUUCACCACCAACAGCAGAUCUUACCGUCCAUAGGAAAAAAAAAACAACGGAAGCAA